AUACAUCUUUGUCAUUGUCGUCAUUCGUUUUCGUCAUUGUUGUUUACCAUUGCUUAAUUAGUUUAAUAUUGAAUUUGUCUUAACUUUUGGAUACAAUCCGUACCAUUGUUUCUAAUUCAAGGAUUAAAUGAAAUUCAAUAUUUUCUUAGAUUGAAUAAGUUUCAGCCUAUAGACAUCCUGUGGGCAUAGGCUUCCACCAUUGAUCAACACAUGAUCUGUGACUUCUUCAUCCAGUGGAUCUAAACACUUCCAAUUAAAUAUAAAUAAGGCAUUGUAACUAAUGCUUACAUGUAUUACCUUUUUGGAAUCAUUUUUUAUAUUAACUGUUUCCAGUUUUGUCAGCAAUGGCUGGAGAAGAAGUAUCACUUAGACUGGAAAUGGGGAGAUUAGAGAUUGAACCAAUAAAGCCUUAUAAGCAAAUCCAAGAAGAAAAUCCUUUCAGUCAUAUAUCACUACAAAAGAAUCGGCCUGCCACCAAAUCAUGUGUUCCAAGCUAUAAAUGUGCUUGUUCAUAUCACAAAAAAAACAAAACUGCUUCAAUUAGCAAAAAGAAAAACAAUAAGAUCUUACGUGAACCAGUUUUGAAGCUAUCAAAACAUUUUGAAAAAUAUGAAUUAAGAAACCCAGAAUUAUUGAAUCAUUGUAAAUUAACAAUUCAUCAAUCGAACACAGUCAAUGUAAACUUAAAGGCACUUGUAGAUAAUUGUAACCAGUUGAGUUUAUGUUGUGAUAACAAUGAAACUGAAAAUGUUAAAACAGAGCCAUAUGAUAAAGCCAAAUGGUGGAAGAAUGAUGCAUCAAAUAACAAAGCAAGCAAAGACACAAGUCCAGAACCGAGCCAAGCUGGAACAUGUUCUCAACAGGCUCUCAACCCACCCUGCGAUGUGACAAUAGAUGAAUUGGCCAGUUACUUUGAAACUCUUGUCCAUAUACCUAAGAAAAUGUCAUCAAUGGCUGAAAUGAUGUAUAUUUAAACUGUUAAAUAGAUA